AAAUGAGUGACAAAAUUUAAAGAAAUCAAAUACGAUUUAUUUUCUAUGAUUAAAAAGUUAAAAUUAUGACUGAACAAACCGAAUUGGAUUUACUUGCAGCUGCUGAGUACGCUAGACUCCAAAAACAACUCCGGGCACUUCAAUUGGCAUUAAGAAAGCUUCUAGAUGAUAAAACAAAACAAUUGAAAAAGCAGAAUCGAAUGAUUUCAGUUCUCCAACAGGAACAUAAUGAUUUGUUGGUUCAAAUAAAUUGUCUUGAGAGUGGAACUCAUGCGAAAAAAAAUUCAAUAGUUGAGAAGAAACUAAUAAGUAUUCAGGAACAAUUUGCUGAACAGAAAAAAACUAUUCAGAUAGAAAAAACUAGCUUACAGGAACUUGAAGGUCAUAUCAAAAAGAUUGAGAAAGAAAUUCAAUCAAUAAGGAGAGUUGAAGUUCCUGAUAGUUGCUACAAAGAAGCAAUCGUCAAAGUCCAGAAGCGGGUUGUCAAACUCGAAAACCGUUUGGAUGUUGUUAAUAAGAAAUAUAGCGAUGUCUUGACUGAGAAUUGUAAACUACGAGACUCUAUAGAUCAUAUGCUACAGGAUAGAACUAGUUUUAAUGAAAUGUGGCAAUCCAUGGUAGAACAAUUUAAUGAGGGCAAAAAAUAUAUAAUUGAACUGAUCGAUCAAUCAACACUUGCAUUUGAUCAGCGGGAGGAACUGAGCACCAAGUUGCAAUCACUUAAAGACCGAAAUGAAAAUGAUAAGCUGAUGCAUAUUCAGGAAAUGCGAGAAAUGCAACGUCGAUUAGAGCAUGAUGCUAAGCUUCAACAGUUCUUUGAUGUCAAGGGACAGAGAAGAUCUAACCCAGAACUGGAACAGAGGGAAUUUGAUAAGAAGCAACAACAAAAAGAAGACUUUGAAAAACAACUAUCCGAAUAUGAUGGAAUUAUUCAAGAAAUUAAACGGCUUUACCAAGAAGAGGAUAAUAAAUGCUUGGCAGCACAAUUUAAAAGACAAGAAGAAGAAAAUUUUGCCCUGUUUAGCUAUGUGAACGAACUAAGCCAUGAAGUUGAAAUGCUAAAUGAUUCCACUCAAGAAUUGAACGAUGAAAUAGAACGACAAAAAGCCGAUCAAGCCGAAAAGGAGUUUAAACAAAAAACAGAAGACAUUGCUUAUCUUACAAACGAACACCUUGCUAUUGAAAACUUUACCGUAGAAUCAACUACAAGGAAAAAAUUGGUUGAAGUACAACUAAGCAAGCUACUAGGGGGAAUUGAGAUUAUUUACAGCUUGAUUCAUUGCGAUAACUCGCCAAUUCUUAAUGUUCUAAGUUCAAAAACAGCAUUAAGUGUACAUAAUGUAAAAUUGAUAUUGGGAGUUGUAGAGCGACGAAUCAAUUUAAUAAUCAGCGAAAAUGUUGAGGAUUUAUCUUCCAAAAUUCUUGCCAAAAAAGAUCGUGUUCCUAAAUUUAAUAUAAAGGAAACAUCGAAAAUGAAGAAUUAAACUUCGUUUGUUUGAAAUAUAUUAAAAUUUGAUACGAUUAUACAAACAUUCAAGAGUCG